CGCCCGUCACAUGCUCGCUCUCGCUCUCGCUCUCGCCUCUCGCCUCUCGCUCCCGCUCGCUAGGCCGGCCGGCGCAUCACCUACCCUUCUCCGCUCCGCUCCAAUUCCGAACCGGCGAAUCGCGUCGCCGCCCGCCACGGCCCCCGCCGCGCCGCGCUUCUAACCCCCACCCAACUCCGCCUCCGAUCCCUCCCUCCCUCCCGCCCACGCUGCGCGCCGCGCCGCCCGUCCAGGUCCAGCCCCCCCGCGCGGCGAUAAGUAGCGCCCGCCUCGGUUUCCUCCCCCCCUCCCUUCUGAUCUGGUUCCCAACCACCGGCCCGCGGCCCGGGCCCGUCCUCGCCGACGCCGAAUCCCGCGCCCGCGGCGCGGAUCUCGCGGCCCCGGGAUCCGGGGAUUGGGAUGAGAGCGGGGCGCCGGCGAUGAGCGGUGGCUCGUCGGCGGCGGCGCUGGGGCUGCGGUCCGGGAGCUACGGCUCCCUCCCGGCCGCCGUCGGCGGCAGCGGCGGCGCCGGCGGCGUGAGGAAGCCGGGCGCGAGGGGGUGGGCGCUGCGCGGGGAGAAGGAGCGGCUGCAGCUGCUGCACCGCGCGCUGCGGCUCGUCGGCCGACGCAGGGCUGGCGUGCUGCUGCUGCUCGCCGUCGCGUCCGCCGCCGUGUUCUGCUCCCUCUUCGCCGUCGUCAAAGAUGACAGUAGUUCAAUUAGCAUUGUGAAUAAUUAUGAAGUCCCCAAUGCCAUACAGAAGUCAGUGUAUCCAAGCACAACACGACCUCUAAUGAUGUCUGGAAACCAAUACUCCAGUGUUGUCAACAAAAUAGAGCUUCCAAAUCGAAUUCAUCUUUCAUAUGCAAAUUUUACACAUCCUUGUGAAGGUUUCUCAGUUCCUCCUCCCCUGGUUGAUAAGAAACACACUGGACCCCGACCAUGCCCUGUUUGCUAUGUCUCUGUAGAUCAGGCAUUUGCCCUGAUACCUCUAGAGGCUUCACCAUCACCUGUCCUAAAGAACAUAAACUAUAUAUCUGAAGACGGCAUCGUUGCAAAUUUAUCAAGUCAGGGCUCUGGAUUUGGAGGGCAUCCAUCUCUGGAGCAGAGAAAUAAAUCUUUCGACAUUAGUGAAUCAAUGACUGUCCACUGCGGCUUUGUCCGAGGAAAGAAGCCUGGCCAAGGUACUGGAUUCGACAUCAAGGAUGAUGACCUGCUAGAGAUGGAGCAAUGCCGUGAACUAGUUGUGGCUUCUGCUAUUUUCGGAAAUUAUGACAUGAUUCAACAUCCGAGGAACAUCAGUGAAUUUUCAAAGGCAAAUGCAUGCUUUUACAUGUUUGUAGAUGAAGAAACAGAGGCUUAUGUCAAGAAUUCUAGUUCUUUGUACAAUAAUAAUAAAGUUGGACUAUGGAGGCUAGUAGUUGUCCGAAACCUCCCAUAUGAAGACCCAAGGCGUACGGGAAAGAUUCCAAAACUUCUGCUCCAUAGGCUUUUUCCAAAUGUGAGGUUUUCAGUUUGGAUAGAUGCAAAACUUGAGCUUGUUGCUGAUCCCUAUCUUCUGCUUGAGAGGUUCCUGUGGAGGAAGAAUGCCACUUUUGCGAUCUCUAGGCAUUACAAACGCUUUGAUGUGUUUGAAGAAGCAGAAGCUAAUAAAGCUGCUGGGAAGUAUGACAAUGCGUCAAUUGAUUACCAGAUAGAGUUUUACAGAAACGAGGGCCUGUCACAUUAUUCUCCUGCUAAGUUUCCCAUCACAAGUGAUGUCCCUGAAGGUUGUGUGAUCAUCAGAGAACAUAUCCCCAUCACAAACCUCUUCACAUGCCUAUGGUUCAAUGAAGUUGACCGCUUCACCUCCAGGGAUCAAAUAAGUUUCAGCACCGUCCGGGACAAAAUCAGGGCCAGGGUUGGCUGGAUGCCUGAAAUGUUCCUGGACUGCGAAAGGCGCAACUUUGUCGUUCAGGCGUACCACAGAGAGCUACUGGAGCAAAUGAUUGCGUCCGGUAGGAGGCCCCCCUCAACGACCGACGCACCACCGUCCCGAAAGCUUCGGCCGGGCAGCAGGAGAGCGCCCCCGUCGAAGAAGCCCUCCGUGAAACGGAAAAAGGAGAAGUCGAGCUCGCGGAGGCGCGUUCCCAAGCCCGUCGCUGCGGGGAUGGGUGCUAUGUGACGCAAGUUUUUCGGCGGAGUCAGGACUCCCACACUUAUACAAGCGUGUACCGCAAUAUAAGCAGAUUCGAUUAGGGCCGGGGCUUGUAAUUGCGCCCUGGCGAAAGUUGUCCAUAGUUAUUCUUCAUUGUUGUACAUAACAGCGCAAAUCAAUAUUCAAUUCUGUUCAUUGAGAUUGUGCCCGGUUGUUUUUUU